AUGACCGAAUUCUCUCAACAGAAGACUGACAUCGGCCUUAGACAUGAUCCAGGUCCCCAAGACCUUACCUUGACACCCGGCCGACAAGAGAUUCCGGAACAGACCCUCCGCGACAUAAAGGAAAAACUCUCACCCUAUGAGAGAUCGUUCCUUAUCAACAUGUUCCAUGAGAUAGUGAAGCGCGACAUGCAAAUCUGCACCUCAGAGGUAUCUCUUGAUCAUUUCAAUCCCGUCCUCAGAGAUGAUACUGCCUGUGAAUCUGCAACACAUGUUCCCACCAAAGAGGCGGAUGAGCCAAACCCCAAAAUAUUCAGACGCAAGCAACGCCCGGACGUGAUCAUCGCCUAUCAUGAUUUGUUGAAAGCGCGCUACGAAAUACAACAGAGCUCUAAAAAUGCGAACCAAUGCCAGGAUGAAGAUACAUUGACCGAGUCUGGCAAGACUCUUCGAGAUGCUCAAAAUCGUUUUGUACAAGCCUCACGACACUGCCGAAUCUCCUCUCAGCGCCUCAAGAUCAUUAGAGAUGCCCUACGAAGCGAAACCUGUGCCACCAAUGAAGAAGAAAAGGAAUGUCGUGAUAUCAGCGAAAGAACUUCCGUCAAUCUUUCCUGGGUGAUGCCACUUUCAAUCAAUAUCCAGAUCAAGCGUUGA